GCCGACGAACGGCCUCCUAGAAACCUCGACCUCGCAUCCCUCGCUAUGCAUCCCCUAACGUCAACUUACGUUGGAGCUACCAACGUCACGUAGCUUCACGUAUUUUUAAAGUAGUUCCUUUAGUUUUUAGUAAGCUUCUUGUGUUUUCCUCUCUUUCUUUCUCUGUUGAUCUUAACAUGGUGUCUCGCACCCGCGGCGCGCACGUGCUCGUCUGGGACCAGCCUGGCUUGGAGGACCAGCGGCAAAGAAACCAUGGCGGUGGCAUGGGCCAUCGUCACUUCGUCACAUUCAUGCUGUUCCUGGGCAUGGCGAACGCGUACGUGAUGCGCACCAACAUGUCCGUCGCUAUCGUCGCCAUGGUGAACCACACGGCGUUGCCGGUCGUUGCCGAAGCGAUGGACACAGAGUGCGGAGAAGUCUCCAAUCAAACCCAUCAUGCAUCUUCUCAAGACGGCUCAUUCGUGUGGAGUUCAACCCUGCAGGGUUACAUCUUGUCAUCCUUCUUCUACGGCUACGUCAUAACACAAAUUCCCUUUGGGAUAUUAUCUAAGAGAUAUGGUGCCCGUUACUUCCUGGGCGUGGGUAUGCUGAUCAACUCAGUGUUCGGGCUGCUGGUGCCGGUGGCGGCGAAUGCGGGCUACCAGUGGCUCAUCUUCGUACGGUUCAUACAGGGUCUUGGAGAGGGUCCUAUCGUACCAUGCUCACACGCGAUGUUGGCUAAAUGGAUUCCUCCUAACGAAAGGAGUAGAAUGGGAGCGGCCGUCUAUGCUGGUGCUCAAUUCGGCACGGUGAUAUCCAUGCCCCUGUCCGGUCUGCUGUCGGAGUACGGCUUCUCGGGCGGUUGGCCGUCCAUCUUCUACGUGUUCGGGCUCAUUGGCACCGUGUGGUGUCUCGCCUUCCUGUUCCUUGUACACGAGGACCCUGAACACUGCCCUCGUAUCACUGAGACCGAGAAAAAGUAUAUACUCAGCUCGCUGUGGGGAGCAGCAGGCUCAAGCUCGCCGCCAAUUCCGUGGAGCAAGAUCCUGCUGUCGAUGCCGUUCUGGGCCAUCAUGUUGGCCCAUAUGGGCCAGAACUACGGCUACGAGACGCUCAUGACCGAGCUGCCCACCUUCAUGAGACAAGUGCUGCACUUCUCCAUCAAGGAUAACGGGUUCGUGUCCGCGUUGCCUUACCUGUGCAUGUGGCUGUUCUCCAUGUUCAUCUCGGUGGUCGCCGACUGGAUGCUGUCCAGCAACCGCCUCAACCACACGCAAGUCAGGAAGAUCAUCAACAGCAUCGGUGAAUACGGUCCCGCUAUCGGGUUGUUCAUCGCGGCCAACACGGGCUGCAACCCCGCCGCCACGGUCGCCAUACUGGCCAUCGGCGUCGGUCUCAACGGUGGUAUCUACUCCGGUUUCAAGGUGAAUCACUUGGACAUAUCGCCUCGGUUCGCGGGCAUUCUAAUGGCGUUCACCAACUGUCUGGCCAACCUCACCGGCCUGUUGGCGCCCAUCGUCGCCGGAUACAUUAUAGAGGGCAGGCCGACGCAAGCGCAAUGGAGGAUAGUGUUCUACAUAGCGGGCGGAGUUUACAUUUUCUGUGCGACGUUCUACAACAUAUUCGGUUCCGGCAAACGGCAGGAAUGGGACAACCCAGCGGACGACGAGGCCAACGCGAAAAAGGCCGCCGACAAGAAGGCCAUCAAACAAGAGAAGAAAGCAGCCAAGAACCAGAACCUGGCGGAAACAGCACAAUAACAUAAAUUUAAAAGUUGAAAAUGCUCCAUAGACACAAAUUAUUAAGUCUCAUUUAUCUGUGAUUCACAUACCUACACUUUUUAAAAUGAUGUAGGGAAAAGGGCGGGAAAAUGAAUUUCCGUUUCUGCCUGCAGGCUUUUUUCGAAUAAUUGUGUCUGUGGAAGCGUUGAACCCCUUAACAGUAAAAUUCUUUUUAGGAAAUACUGCACAGUGUGCAAUUUGGUUACUUUUUAAAUUUUGUAUGUAGUCUUUAUUUUAAAUAAUCAUAUUACUCAAGAAACUACAUUAAUGAAGAACAAGUCAAUUCAUCCUAUGCUUGUAUAAAGGUAAUUAAUCAGUUUUUAACUGGCAUUUCAUAAUGAAAAAAAAUGUCUAGAUUUUUACUAGAUGAAGUUGAAUAUUGUUAAUUGUUAUCAUGCAUAAACAACGCACAUCAACCGGGCUGUGAUAAAAUCAGGUGUAACACAACAAUACUUGCGAACUAUUAUGGGGUCAACUUUUUGACGACUUGUUAUUUGAAUGUUAUUUAUUAAUUAGUAAUUAAUUACCAUAAAAGUAUUGUUUAAUUAGUUUUAUAGCUUGAGAGCGUAAGACGCGAUAAAUAGUGAAUAUUAUAUUGUUGGGUCCAAAAAUUCAAGAAAUGUUACCGUCCCAGUCAGUGACCUAAGCAGUAAUUUUAUAAUCCUCGCAUAGUGGGUACUUUCAAUUUUAUAAGAGUAAUAGUGCCAUUAUCAGCAUUUGUAAUGAAAUAGCGUUUGCUGUAACUCGAAUAACUACAGUAUGUAUUUUUUUUAAUCAUGCGCAUAUACUAGAAAAUACAUUUUAUGAAAAAGACAUUAAAAAUUAUCGCUCUCAAAUGUUAAGCUAAAAUGGAAAAUGUAUUUAAGGUAUAUUUUGUAAUACCUGCGUUCACUAAACAGUGUCAUAGACUAAGAGGGUGGAAACUAAAAAAUCUAUGAAUUAUGUGAACCUAGAGCUAAAACUGUUGACAAAAAUAUUUAAUCAUGUCAUAAAUCUUACGAUGUUUCAAAUUUCUUUAGACUAUAAUUAUUACUUUCUAACGUAGUCGCGUUAGCUUAUGCGGGACCUUGUUUUUAUUCUUUAUUAUUAAUAUCCAUUAGUCUAUGUCAAAGUUAGUGCCAAAUAAAAAAAUAAUGUGUUGUGAAUUAAUUUCAAAGCCUAGUUUUGUUCGCUCGAAGCGAAGUUGUUGCAUAAAGGGCCGAUUUUUCAAUUCUGAGAUAAAAUUCAUUAGCCGGUAAUAAUUAAUAAUCUUAUUAAAAAGAAAUAUUAAACGAAACUUAAUAAAUGAAAAUCUUCAUCAUCAGCCUAUUGAUGUCCCGACUGCUGGGGCACAGGCUGUCCUAUGGAUGGAAUAGGGAGAUUGGGCCAUGACCCACCCCGCGGGUCUGGAUUGGCGGGUGCUAACGACUGCAGAUGCAGCCAGGACCAACGGCUUAACGUGCCUUCCGAAGCACGGAGGAACUCGAGAUAGAAGAUUUUUGGUCACCAAUCUAAUGACCGACCACUGCGUAAGUUGCUUAACUUCAACAAUCGCAGCCGAACGCGCUUACCACCUACGCCAUCGACAUUCUCGAGAUUGAAUUUAAUCUUGUCCACAUAACAUUGAUAUCAGACGAAUAAGUUUUAUUUAUCCAUUCGAGGAUCGAAAAAUCAGCCUUAAGAUACAAUAAAAGCUUGUAAAAAGUCCCUCGAAGUGUGUUUUACUAAGAUUAUUAUUAAUCUAUGGAAGUUAGUUGUAACAUGUGACGUCUUUGGACGCCGCACGCCCAGGAGCUAAUGUGAUCAUUCUGUUUAUUUUAUACACUACUUAUAGAAAAAUAUCAAUGACGUCUUCGUAAAAUUUAUUGUUAAUUUGUGUACCUAAAGUUUAAGAUGUUAGUGUGUAGAUUUGAGCUUAUAACAUGAUAUAUUUUUGUUAUUCCCUAAACGUUUAACGUGCCUUCCGAUUAGUACAAGAGUAAAAAACUAUUCAGCGUCGCGUUGAACGCGUCGACAAAGAUGUUAAUAUUUAUAAACCUUCAUUUUUGUAUGAGCUCUAGUAUUAAGACAAAAGAGAAAUACAAAAGUCUGUUUUGAAAAUUGGUUGGUUUUAUUUCAUAGACAAAAUAAAACACAGAUUGAAAACAAUUUUAUAUUGUUUAAUAUCAAAGGCUUUUUUUUUACUUAUUCUAUAAGUUUGCUGUAGUGGUGCACACCGAAAGCGCCGGUGCCGCUACGGCACGGCUGUCCCAACAUAAGACAACUAGAAGCCGAGCGUAAGUUAUCUUUCUUUGCGUUAAUAAUGGCAUCUUUCAAAAAUAUCAGCGAAGAUUCAAAUGAUAUUUGUUGAAGUGGGGAUGCAGAAGAUUCCAUACCCUUGCGACUCAUUGGUUCAAAUACUCCAUUGAAAGUCAUGUAAUCCGCAAUCAAUGAUAAAUGUCUCGGAUCAACUGUGAUGCCGUAUACAUCGAAUACGUUCUGAAUUUCCUUUAUUAUAACUUUAUUAGCUGCUUCUAUACCAUAAGUAUUAGCUAUGGCGUGAAUAUCAUUGCUGUAUAACUUGUUCAUAUCGAAAAGAUGAUUAUAUUUAAACAUUUGCAAAAUAUUAAUUCCUUCAGUUUUAAUGUACACUUGAUUUUUUUCUUCAUUAACAAUUGCUCUCUUAAUAUUUUUUACUUCGUGAAUUACCGAUUUCUUAGCAGCAUCCUUUAGAGCUUGUGAUAAAUCUACUCUCAAAAAAUCAAUAGGGAAUAGCACAGUUAAUUGGCACCACUGAUAAAGUUUUGUGUCAAAUAUGUAAUUUGUUGCAUUAUCCAGAUUAUCUACGACACUAGAAUUUACCUUGCUCACUUCAGGUGCUUCUUCAGAUUUGUUUGUUUCCCGGUUGUCUUCGUCAUUUUCUUUCUCAACUAAUUCUAAUUCAUCAUCUGACUUGUCUUCUUCUUCCGAUUCUGGGUCUUCAUACUCUUGUUCUUCUGAUCUUUUCUUUCGAAUGUUGGCCUUAAAAUAAAUAUAUAAGAAUCAUAGUUUAACUAAAACUUGUACCUAUGUAUAGUAUAAUAAUAUAUAUUAACACUCCUAUACUUUUUUAUAAUUUAAGAAUUUAACUGCUAGAUGUUUAAAUCUAAGGAAAAUUUUACAAGAAAAAAUUCCACGCGGACCAGGCAGCAGCCGGAACUCGAACCCGCACCCUUCGCUAUCCGGGUGAAUGCAUUGACCAUUAUGCUACCGCGGCCCUGAUGGCCGAGUCAUUUUUCUCUAGCCUUCCUUAGACUGCAAGGCAGCGCCAUCUCUUCGCAUUGUAGGUAAUCCACAAUGUCAAAAAAACACCUUUACAAUUUACAAGUAACAUUCGAAAGAAGAAAUAGCAAGCAUAGUCAUAUUAAUUAAUUAAUUACACUCUUUCUUGGACAAUCAUGUCAUAAAAAAGUUAUGCCUCUUUGCAAAAUAUUAUUGUGUUAAUAUAUCACUAGCUUUCAGCAACUUCGUCCGUCAUUUGAUUAUCCCACAGGAAACUAAAUUUUUUUCGGAAUAAAAAGUAUCAAGUCUCAAUCCAAAUAUGGCUGUAAAGUUCCAUGGGGCAGAAACUUAAGAUUUAGGCAGCGAGUGCGGUGUGAAUUUACUGCAUUUUGUGUAGCUAGGUUUGUUGUUAAAAGCCUUUUCACAUUUUUUGCAAAAAAUCGUAAUUUUUGAGCGCCUCCUUUACUCCCUUAGAAAAGAUUUUGACUAUUUUCAAUAGAAGUAAACAGUAGAUUUAUUCUUCCUUUUGUAAAUUAAUGUAGAAUAUUUGCAAAUACUUUUUUUCUUUUUAUGUACUGAGCAUUCUACUGCAGCUAGUUUACGGAAAAAACGAUAAUAUGCACAACUUUAAACGACUCAAUCCCUCAAUAAUGUUCAAUAAAUUAGAUCAAAUUAAUUACUAAGACAUCAGAAAUAUAUUUUUGUUGUAACAUAAUGUAUUAGAAUUUUGAUUUUCCAUCUCAUUAAUUAUCAAAACAAACAUCUAACAUCCGUGAGUUUUCCCAAAAAAUAGUGCAGGUUUACCUCGUAUUUUGAUAUUGAAUUAAAUAGAAUUACUCUCAAAAACUUUCAUAAAACUAAUCUGCCUUCAUUGAACUAUUGAAAUAUGUAUAUAUUUUUAUAAUUAGUUCAUUAAUAAAUAUUUUAAAAGACUCGAAACAUCAGCCGUAAAAUGCAAUUUAUACUAGUGCAAAUCUACCUACGCGCCGAUCAGUACGGCGGCAGAGGCGCAAUUUUGUAAAAGGGUUAGAUUAAAACAAAAAGGGUAGAUACGGCACUAGCCUCACAAAAGUGAUCCGCACCAAUUGUGGUCCACGACCCUAAUCGCUUUAGUCACAACUUGACAUGCAAACUACGUACAUGUGAACGCCAAAAAUAAAUAUUGCAAAUAUUUUGUGUUUAUAUGAUAAAACAAUCCCUAAAUGUGUUUUAAAAAGUGCUCAAAUUGCUCAAGAACUAAAAAUAAAACCCACGGCAUCACUUUUCAUUCGUAAGUACUAUAAAAUAUAUUUUUUCAUAAAAAUUGUUGUUUGUUUUGAAUCUUAUUCGGUAGUGACGUCAAGUACUGGUCGCCAGAUUGGUCGGUAAUGCAGUGACGCGGAUCUCGCCGUCGUUUGCGCUGCCGUUGAAACUUAACGUGCUGUUUCGUUCAGGUCGGUAAUGCAGUGACGCGGAUCUCGCCGUCCCGUUCGCGCUGCCGUGGGAUCAGUUUUUGUUUGAUGCAAGUAUGAGCGUACCGUAUUUACCCUUUUUGUUUUAAUCUAAGGCUCUUAAACAAAACCUAGUGUUCGAGUCCCGUCUGCUUGAUGGACCAUGUGGAACUUAUCUAGUAUUUUUUUUAAUUUAAACAUCUAGCAGUUCAAUGCUUCAAAUAAAAAUAUUAUAAAGUCCUAGAAAAAUAUACCGAUAAAACAAAUAUAAAUAGCUUACAUCCGUGUUAUCGUCGUCUUCAUUGGGUCCUUCGUCAUCAGAACUGUCAUUUGCAUUAUCAGCUUGACCUUUUACUUCAGGACCUUCAUCGUCUUCUUCGUUAUCAUCGCCUCCGCCGCCGCGGCGUCGUUUCUUUUCCUUAUCAGAAGACCAAAGCACGCCAGAAGUAGUCUUCGCUUGUCGACGAAUUACACUAAACAUUUCUUCAAAAAAGGUUUUUUGCAUGUGCUUUAUAAUUUGCUUUGGUUUUACUUUAAAUUGAGUUUUAUAUUGUGAAUGCGGUAGAAAUUGAAAUCUCAUUGUUGUUUUUAAUUGUCUAUCGGGUUCUGUAACGAUUUUACACUGCACAUGAAUCUUUUCAAGAACGUCAGCGACAGUAACUCUGUUGAGCAUCUGUUUCAAUUUCUCAGCUUUAUUAUACACAUCCGGAAUGUCAGCCCUGAGUGGUAUGUCCAUGUUGGGCGUCUUAAGCUUUGAUGAUGCAGUCAUUAAUAUUUCGCGGAGGCGUGGGAUACCUAGAGUGACGUUCAUAUCACCUCGACCGGCAAAGUGAAAAGUAUUCAGUGUCAUCUGAGUAGAAGGUUCACCUAUUGAUUGUGCAGCUAAAAGGCCCACAGGUUCUCCAGGAGCAGCCAUUGAUUCAAGAUAUUUAGCAUUCAUUACUUCUACGAAUUUUCCCUUAUCCGUUUUAAUAUCAUAAGCAUUCUCUGGUCUAUUUUUUAGAUAAUUUUGUAUAAUAUUAUCUAAUUGUUCAUUUAUAACACCAAAUUUGUAUUCUGGUGAAUAUAUACUAGGAAUUGGAUCUGGGCAAGGUUUUUUGGUAUAUUGAGAUUUAUCAUCUUCUUCUAAUGAUCGCCACAUUUUUUCUAAUUCCCAAUAAUAUGGAUCUCUAGUUUUAUCCAUUGGAACCUUAUCGAGACUGAUGUCAUUUUUGGCUUGGGCCGAAAAUUGUGAAAAAGCACUGAUACGACGUUUUUCAAAUGGGCUUCCGUAUUUAUUUUUCCACUUAUUAAGUUUCUUAUACAGUUUUGCAAUCCUUUUUUCAUCAAUGUCUCUUUUAAGCUUUUUGACUGUUGAUUUACUAACAACAGCGUUGGAGUUUUUGUCUAAAAAUGGAAGUUGUUCACUUUUUAAAUAUUGACAUUUCAACACAUCUAGACCGUCUUCGCCAUAAGCAAACUGGACGAUGCUGCCAUCGGAAUCUCUUACAGUGUGAUCAUAAGCUACAUUUAAACUUUCUAGGUGUUUUAUCAAACAUCUCUGUAAAUACCCCGAUCGACUGGUUUUGACAGCAGUAUCAAUAAGACCUUCACGACCAGCCAUGCAGUGAAAAAAGAAUUCUUGUGGUUGUAUUCCAGUCAUAAAACGCCCGUCUAUAAAUCCACCAGCUCUUGGAGAAAUGUCGUAUGGUGGGAAACUUGGAAGCGACCUUCCUGAUAUCAUCAAAGGUGGCCUUUUACCUUCUAAUUCAAUUUGACCAAGUAAGCAUGAAAUCUGCAUGGUAUUGACAGUUGAUCCUUUAGCUCCAGAUUGAACCAUCAACUGAAGAUUAUUAUAAGGGAACUUUUCAAGUAAACCUUCUACUAAACAUACAUUAUUUAUAUUAUUAGUGUAUGAAUCAAGCAUAUUUUUGUAUUGCCUAUCUAAGUUACCCCUAAAUUUUGGAUCAUUUGUGUACAUUUCACCAACUGUUUCCUUUAAUUCGCUAUCUUUAACAUCUCCUGGUAAUUCUGUUGCUUUUAAAGCAGCCAAGCGUCCAGCUUGACGAACCAGACAUACAAUUUCUUCACGUUUUCUAUUAGCUUCUUCAGUAACCAGAAUAUCUUUGACACCAAGAGUAAAUCCAAUCCAUUGCAAAUAAAAUGUAAAUACUUUUGAAAAUGAACUUAAUAGUGCACUAGAACUGUCACCUCCAUACAAUUCAUACAUGCAGUGAAUUAAUCCAUAAGGUGUUGCACCAUAGUGAGUUUUGUCUAAUACACCAGACAAAAGUUCUCCAUUUCUAAUGAUGACUUCAGCUUCAGACAUCAUGUCUGUAUUGAGGAAGUUACUACCUCCUGCUUUCCAAGCUCUAGGAGGGUAUUUCUGCCAAGCCUUUGAAUUGAUUUUAGCUUUUCCUUCUAAUGAUAGAUAAGGCUUUCCUUUUGGUAUACUGUUGAUUAUAAUAGUUGACAAAACUUGCUUUCCUGACCACAAUGUAACAGGUUUUAAAAUAGUUGGAGGAAGAAGUUUAAUUUCACCUCUGUGAUUUGAUAAAGCUUGGAAUACUAACUGCUGGUAGUCUGAUUUUGUAAAGAAAGUUCCUCUUAAUGACAUUUUCACACCAGAUAUGACAUGAUCUUGAAUCAAGCCACUCAAUGGUGUCCCAUCUUUUGGGACAAGAUACUGUUUUCUAACAGACAUAAUAUUAUAAGCUUCACUUCUAGCAAUUUCAUUUUGAGGAAAAUGGGCAUUCAUUUCAUCCCCGUCAAAGUCAGCAUUGUAAGAUUUGCAGUUGGCAUAAUGCAACCUUAGAGUUUUUUCACCUUGAAGGAUUCUUGCUCUAUGAGCCAUCAUACUAGGUUUAUGCAAAGAUGGUUGUCGAUUUAGUAUCAUGACAUCCCCAUUUACCAAAUGCCUAUGCACAAUUUUCAAACCUGAAGAUUUAUAUUCAUCAGGGGUCAGCAAUCUUUUAGCAAGACUUUUUCUCUUUUGAAUAGAGUCAGGAGGUAUUCUUAUAACUCUCCCUUUUUCUAUUUCUAAUUUCUCAGCACCUGGGUGCACAUUUGGGCCAUUGAUGACCAUUUUUCUUAGUUCAUCAACAUUCCAUUCUGUUACUGGCACAGGAUAUGUAAGCUUUUUUGCAAAGGCAUCUGGAAUUCCAAUUUCAUCAAUGUCUACAUUUGGAUCCGGAGUAAUGACAGAUCGAGCAGCAAAGUUUACCCUUUUGCCCAUCAUGUGCAUUCUUAUCGCACCAGUUUUUUUCUCUAGUAUUUGUUUAAGACCAAGACUAUUUGAUCCUUGACCAUCACAACUCAGAAGGUUAUUUACAUCUUUUUGUAAAUACUGCCAAACUACAUGUAAUUUUUCAGGUGCAGAAUUGCCAGGAACUCCUUCAUAAUGACUUCUUGGUUUUUGGUCUAAAGUGUCAAUAGCGUUUUGGUGAUCCGCUGAUGAUAAUACUUGCAAAAUGGCUCUCGCAGAAAAAGCAGUGUUGAGAAUAUUUUUAUAAGCAUUUGUUUGAGGAUGCUCAACUAAUUCACCUUGAAGUACAUUACAAGGCCUCACACAGGGUGGAAGCACCGGUAGAACUUCCAUAAAGAAUACAUCUGUAACUGGUUUUUGUUUAGAGUUCUUCAAUACAGGUAGACAAGCUAUAAGAAUAUCCUCAUCAUUUUCACAAAUUUUACUUACAAAUUGUUUAAUUUCAUCUGGCAUCAUAAUUUUUAUACCCUUCCCUAAUCCAUCUGCACUGGAAUUAUACAUCAAUCUACCUUCUGAUGUAGUAACUUUAAUAAGUUUAACUCUACAAUACAUACAUUUUUUUGUAAUGCUGAUUGUCUUAAAGAUAUUAUUAAGGAUCUUAGAUCGUAGCCUAUCAGUAUUUUUGCUAUGAAAUACUUCAGCGACAGGGUCAGUUUUUUUUAAUAUUUUUUUAAAUUUCUUUAUAAUUUUGUUGGGUUUAUUAGAGUUUUCGUCUUCAAAUUCUUUGAUUUCUCCUAAAUCCAAAGCUUCUGUAACAUGGCCGGCAUCAAUCAAUUGCAACUGAAGUUUUAAUAUUGAUUUCAUUGUGUCAUUUAGUUGAAUUUUAUAGCAUUUCAAGCAACUUAUUCGAAACAGUGUGUAAAUAUUUUUAAGAAAGAGCGGAUUGACUACAGUCAGGGGCAACUCGAUAUGGCCGAAGUGUCCAGGACAAUGGAGUAAUACAUUGUUACAAGUAGUGCAAGCAUCAAACCGCUCUCUUACUGGGCCCAAGGCAGAAUCGUAAAGACCACCUGGUGUUGGAUUGCCCAAAGAAUCAAAUGAUGUAGAAUUUGUAAUUUUUAUAACACUUAACUUUUUAAUUUCCUCAUUAUCAAACAUCAGAAACUCCACAGAGCCAGGAUCUACAGGUGUUGCUCCCAAAAGACUGGAGGAAAAUGUGGUAUUUGCAGCCAUUUUGA